AUGUCCGACUCAACCUCCGAGACCGUCAAGAAGGCCAUCAUCAAGCAGGUCCUCAUCGAGUCCCAGAGCGCCAAUGCGCGGACUUUGAUGGAGAAAAUCGGCGAAAACUGCUUCACCUCGUGCGUCCCCAAGCCGGGCUCCUCCCUCUCCAGCGCCGAGAAGACGUGCGUGGCCCAGUGCACGGAGAAGUACAUGGCGGCGUGGAACGUGGUCAACACGACGUACUUGAAGAGGAUACAGCAGGAGAUGGGUAACCAGUAG